UUAAUAGGAAGUUGCAGUGGUGCAAAAUGGCUGACCUCAGUCUUGCAGAUGCAUUGACAGAGCCAUCUCCAGAAAUUGAGGAAGAGAUAAAGCGGGACUUCAUUGCCACACUGGAGGCAGAGCCUUUUGAUGAUGUUGUGGGGGAAACUGUUGGGAAGACAGACUAUAUUCCUCUUCUGGAUGUUGACGAGAAAGCUGAGUCAAAAAAGAAACCUUGCUCCGAUACUAGCCAUGUUGAAGGUAAGUAUUUAAGCCAGACUGGAUAUACACUUCAAAAAGUAGAUUGGGGAUUAUGCUUUGUGUCAUAAUCUUAGAAACCCUGAGGAAACUGAGAUUUUUAGUAUAGGCUAAUAACUGUUUAAAUUUAUUGGAAACUAAGGAAAUAGACUAAUCACCCAUUAGUUGAAUAUGUGUUUAUGAAGCUUUUAAUUUUGAUUACCUUCUUAAUUCCUAAAUUACAAUGUCUACUGUACCUCUUAUUGAAAGUCCCUUUUUGUAAAGUUAGAUACAUAAAAUUCUGUGCUUACAGUUGAACGAAAAGACCCUGUUUUUUGGGUCAGGGUCAUGCCAGGUCAGGAUUAAAGCAUGGAUUAAAGUAAUUAAAAGAAGAUUGAUUUUUUUGUUUUAUAUAUUCUUGGAUCAGGUGUACUAAUGUUUAGUUGAGAAUUUUUGCAUUUAUAUUCAUGAGGGAAUAUUGGUCUUUAGUAGACUGGUAAUGUCUUUGGAUUGGGGUCAUGCUGUCUAUAAAUGAGCUAGGCCAGACUUGGUGGCACAUACUUAUAGUCUUACGGAGGAUCACUGCUUAGGCUAGCCAGGGUAAAAAAGUUAAGGAGACCCUAUCUCAAAAACCAACUGACAAGUGGCAGAGCAUUUGUUUAGCAUGUGAGAAGCCCAGAGUUCAAUCCCUAGUACCCCAACUAUAAAAAAAAAAGGGUGGGGGGAAGGUUCAGAAAAUGUUCCUUCUGUUUUCUAUAAUAGUUUGUGUAGAAUUGAUCACUUUUCUUAAUUUUAAUGUUUGAUAAAAUUCAUCAAAUGAAGCCAUCUCCACCUAGUUUUCUUUGUCAAGAUUUAAGUUUGAUAAUGAAACUUCUUUAAGAAAUAAUAGGACUAUUCAGGUUAUCUAU